AUGUAAAAAAAACACAUACAACGAAAAAGACUACAAUAUGAAGAAGCCCUCAAAGUGGCAGCCAAAGAAGAUGUGUCUUUUUUCGGACAAUGCACCAAAUUCAGAGAGCGAUCCACAGAACCUGCACCAAUAGAUCGUGCAAUUCAAUUUCUAUUCCUCAAAGAAAAUAAUGUUGAUAGAAAAUUAGCCUUGUAAUUUGGAAGUAGGAGACUAUGCAAGAUAGACAGUACACGUUAAUACGAUGGGCCUGCCAACUUCAGAGUUAUGAAAACAUCCAAGCAGUUAUUAGGUUCAAUCAAUGGUUGGCAAAAUGGAACUGCUGAUGUCAGAUUCAAUUUGGGUUCUGGUUUUACAAAUAUGCAAGACAGACAUGAGAAUAGUUUCACAUUAAAGUGUCAUACUGAUUAAAGGGUCAUGACUUCGGAGAGGGAUAGAAUUUCAAUGUAAAAAUAUGAGUUCUCCAAGUUCAAUUCUUAGAGAUUGACGUAAGAAUUAUGUAAAUUAAAAGCGGAGAACACUUUCAAAAAUAUACAAUAUUAGUAAAUUGCUGAUUUAACCAAACAAUCAUUAUUUCAACCUUUUGAAAAACAAUCCACUCCAAUUCAAUUCUAUGAGGAUUCAGUGAAUGAACAUGAUCCCAAAACACUUGAUGACUCAAGCACUCAAAGAACAAGAGCUGUGACUAAUUUUCAUGAGAAGAAAUAAGCAUUGAUCAGUCAAAAGACAAUCUCCGAACAUAGGAUUGGUCAAAACAAACAAGCCUAUCUCAAACUCUUUAAACAACUCAAAUCAGACACCCAAUUGAUUAAACGCAAGCUAAAUGCAAAGAAAAGCUUGUAAAAUGAAAGCAAGUCCAGAAGAAUCUCUCAACUCUCCUUCUUCUUCAAUCUUACUAAUAAACAACGAUUAAAUUCCAACACCUCUAUCAGCAAUUCACAAUGGAACUACAAUUAGCAAUAAAGUUGUAGACAGGAAGAGACCUUUGAGCAAAAACUAGAAAAUUUUGUCAAACAAAGGAUGCUUCUUCAAAACAAACAAGCUCAAUGCUCCACCGUUGAUUAUUCUAAUUUACAUCAGAAAUUAAAUCAAUAUGAAUAAAUUAAACAGCAGGAAUUUAAAAGAAUUUAAAAAGUGCGAUUGAUUUCUUAGAGAUGA